UUCUACGUAAUGGAGUAUCUGAGCGGAGGCAGCCUGGAACAUGCACUGGAGGAAUACGGGCGGAUAGACAUCAGCACAAUACAGUUCCUUUCAGCAGAGAUGAUAUGUGGCCUACAAUUUCUGCACAGCAAGGGGAUCAUCCAUCGAGACAUAAAACCCAUCAACAUCUUGCUGGAUGACAAAGGCCAUGUUAGGAUCUCAGACUUCGGCCUGGCUAAGCAAAACGUCUUCAAGAACGAUACCAUCACUGGCGGUGUCGGAACCCUGCGAUACAUGGCCCCGGAGGUGAGAAAUGCAAUUACGGUAGAUAUGUGAAAUGUAGUAAAAGGAAGAAAUAUAGGAGAAUGUCUCCUGGAUGGGCAGAAUGGGGUCGGGAAAUGGGCAGAUCAGGGAGCUGUAUGUGGUGGAAGUGGGAGGGAGCAUUUAAAAGACACGGUAGGGUGGUGGAAUAAUUCAGGUAGAAGAGGGAAGUUUGGGGAAUUACACAUUACCACUUGUGUGGCAACCCUAGUUUUGAUCCAAGCUAGAGAAAGCAAGUAGUUG